UUUCGAUAUUUCAUAAACAUCAUUGAUAAUUAUUUCAAUGAAUUUACAGUUUAAGGAUAUUAAAAUCUUGAUAAAAUACAUUUUUUUGUUAGGUUUAGUAUUGUUUUAACAUUCAUACUUGUGUAUACUGGUUUCGUUUUCAGAUUGUGACAAUGUCAAGUUCAAAUGUAGUUUUACAUUCUCUACCAUUACCAAAUAAUGAUCCCAAAAAUACCGUUCGUCUUCGAUCUUUUAUCAUGAUUUUUAGUUAUGGUGAGUAUGGACCACCCCAUGCAAUUCAAACUAUUCCCUGCUAAUAGAUGAGUUGUAACAAAAGAUUGGCCGUCCUGUCCUGUGCUGAUUAGACAAUAUUCAUAGUCUAUUUAUGUAAUAUAAACCAAUAUAAAAUCCCUGAAUCGUUAACUUCUUUUUACAAGGUUUCAUUAACUUCGGGUAGUGACUGUACUCUCAGAUUUGUACUUUGUGUAUGCAAUGUUUGUAUUGGUUGUUUUGUGUUUUAUAUCGUUUUGAUUGACUUAGGCAUCUUUAAACAAUUUUUAUAGUUUGUUAUCAUGUUGUGCCAUGGCACCACUGUCCUAGGUUAGGAGCUGUUCCAAAUCAUAAACCUGUAAUUCUGUGAUGACCGUUUGUUGUUGUUCAUCAAGUUUGUUUUUCUUUUUUUUGUUUUGUACAUAAUGCGUGCCCUUAGUUUUUCUUGUUUUUACGUUUGUCAUCUCGGGGCCUUAUAGCUUACUUUGCAGACAAAAUAAUAGUCUCUAAAGGGAUAAGCGCACAUUAGAUAAACGAACAAAAACAAAAUAACUCUAAUCUCUUUCGAUUAAAAAUCAUAAAAUUGAGAAUGGAAAUAGGAAAUGUGUCAAAGAGACAACAAUAUACAUAUACAUACCAUAUUUUCACAUGUUCUUAUUUUUAUCUUCAUUUGGAUUAGUGAUCACCUCUCUAAAAGCACCCUUUUAUUCUUGAUUCUUAGUAUUCUAGCACCCCUCUGUCUCUAUCUUUAUGUUUUAUAGGCUAAUUAUUCUCUUUAUUUUUUUUGUGCGUGUCUAUGAUAGUCUAUUUCUUUUAUUUCUUUUAUUCAUGUAUUCUUUAUUCUCUUGUCCAUUAACCCCCACCCAUACCCUCUCAGACGUUAAUGAUAUCCUGUCGAGAACUUUUUAGUUUGUAUGUUAACUAAGUUCUGCAUUUAAUUUUUCUAAAUGUUUUUCUCGAGUAAAUAACAUGAAGAUGAAUAAUGGGAAGUGUAAGGUUUGCUCACAUUCCAUAAUGCCCAACCACAUCAUUAUUGCGUCUGUCAUACUUUCAUAACGGCAUAUCGGUAAUAAAACCACUUGAAACCCUUGAUAUAAAGAUUACUUCAGGCAGUGUUUAAAGAAAUCACGACAGGAACUCUAGCUAUGAAAUAUUGUACCAAUUGGCACAUAUACGCCCAAAUGCGGGCGAUUCUGGAAUGUUGGUACAUAUAAAUGGAAAUGUAAAACUUGUUAAAAUUGAAAUCCACUUUUUUGUCAUUAAACUAUAAUAAAUUCAAAGUAGUUUUUAUUAAUUGCAGCGUUUGACGUAUAACAUCAUGCAGGCAUUUUCUUAUGUUUCUCCUCGAGUUGUUCUUUGCAGGUCGCAUAGUUUAAACAACGAUGUGGGUGUGUCUCAACUGUCACGAUUUCAAUGACGCUAGUAAAGAAAAGUGCGGAAAAUGUGAAAUGCCGAGGCAACAAAAAGAAAAACACAAAGGCAAAUUUGAACACAAGAAUGCCAAUUUGUUUAAUCGGAAAACAAUGUACACAAGAGGGAACGCAAAAGGAUGGCAGAAGGCUAUUCAGUCAGGAAACGAACGACAAAGUGUUGUGAGAAGAGUUGAGGCAACAUCCCCAAAUCCAACAGUUCAGCCAGAAUACCAACGAAAAAGUGCUGUUGGACGACUAGAAUCAACAUCCUCAUUUCCAAUCAUUCAACCAGGAUACGAACGAAAGAGUGCUGUUGGACGAUUAGAGGCAAGAUCCUCAGCUCCAAUCAUUCAGCCAGGAAUUGAACAAAAGACUGUUGCUCAAAGACUACAGGAAUUAUCGUUAGCUGGAAUCUCACAGUCUGGACCUACACCAAAAGUUAGCAGCAAAAUGGAACCAGGAACUCAAACCUCACAGCCGACACAUGGUCCUAAGGCAGUUAGCAACAAACUGACAUCAGUACCGUUACCUCCAAGUAAAAAACAGCACGAACCUGAUUACUUAAUAGUAGCAGCAUUGGACUUUGGAACAGCAUAUUCAGGUUAUGCCUUUUCAAUGCGAAGCAAUUUCAAAACUAACCCUUUGAAAAUCCAUGCAAAUCAAGCAUGGAAUGCAGGCGGCAGACAGUUGCUUUCACUGAAAACACCCACAACAUUGUUAUUAAAUGCUGAUAAGCAGUUUAAAGCUUUUGGAUACGAAGCAGAAAAUACAUACGCAGACCUUGCAAUUGAAGAUGAGCACUCUGACUAUUUUCUUUUCCGAAGAUUUAAAAUGAAUUUACAUAACAAGAAGAAAAUAGGAAACGAUCUGAUCAUAGAAGACAUAACAGGAAAACCAAUGGCAGCUUUAUUUGUUUUCACGCUCUCAAUUGAAGCACUUGUCAAGCAUUUGAUGGCACUACUAGAAAGGGAAGGUACUGGUGUACAAAUGAAAGAAAUACGAUGGGUUCUGACUGUGCCUGCUAUCUGGACUGAUAGUGCUAAGCAGUUUAUGAGAAAAGGUGCAGUUCAGGCUGGAAUACCAGAAAAUAAUCUAUACAUAGCUUUAGAACCUGAAGCAGCAUCUAUAUUCUGUCAAUACCUACCAAUAGAACAUCUUCAUGGAGCUGAUUUUAAGAUGGCCGAAGCUGGAACACAAUACAUGGUCGUUGAUCUUGGAGGUGGCACAGCUGAUAUAACUGUUCAUGAAAAGGUUUCAAAUGAACACCUGAAAGAGUUAUCUAGUGCGACAGGAAACAAUUGUGGAGGUACGUCUGUUGAUGAAAGAUUUUUGCAGAUGUUUGUGGAUAUAUUUGGACGCCCAGUAAUGAACUCAUUAAAAGAAGAAGACCCCUCUGCGUAUUUGGAUCUGUUUCACGAAUUUGAAACAGUCAAACGAGUAAUUGGACCGGACAAAGAUAAAAAAGUUAACAUAGGCAUACCUUAUGUAUCAAUAAAUAAAUGUUGUUUGACACUUCUUGAUCAAGACAUUGAUUCUGUUCUAAGUGCGUCCAAGUAUGCCAACGAAAUAUAUAUUAAAGGUGCCAAAAUGCGAAUUGACCCUCAAAUCAUCAAAGAUAUUUUCAAUCCAACAAUCCGAAGUAUUGUGACUCUCAUGAAAGACAUUUUUGACAGGGAGCAAUCAUCUGAGGUCAAUCAGAUUUUACUGGUUGGGGGCUUUUCUGAAUGUUCUCUUGUUCAAGAUGCAAUUAAACGGGCGUUUCCAGAUAAAAGAAUUAUAAACCCAGAUGAAGCUGGUUUGGCUGUUCUGAAAGGAGCUUGUCUUUUCGGUCACAAACCAGAUUAUAUUACAUCUCGUGUCAUGCGGUUCACCUACGGCACAGGAAUAAGUUUGCCCUUUGAUGCGAAAAUUCACGACAAGGCACAUCUUGUCAAAGAGGAAGAUGGAGAAGAAUUUUGUGAUGGCCUAUUCGAUGUUAUAGUACGCAAAAAUGACACAGUUGAUAUCGGUACCGCAAUUGAACACAAUUUCACUGUAGAUUGCAAUGAUGAAGAGCCGUGGGAACUGUCCCUUUAUGCAUCGACGAAUGAGAAACCGAUGUACGUGGACGAAAAAGGUUGUACUCUCCUCGGUUCUAUGAAGAUUUCGUUUUCAAAAGCAAGUGAUACAGAACGAGAAUUGAGAGUAGCGUUUCUGUUCGGUAAUACUGAGUUGGGUGUUACAGCGACAGAUAUACUUACUGGAGAAACAGUUUCGUCUACAUUUAAUCUGAACUGAUAUAUUAAAUACAUUUUAAUUCUAAAUUUAUUCAAAUUGUAAAUUGAACAAUAUACAUCAAUAAAUAUAUAUUAAGGUACAUGUAUUACGAUGAUAGUUUCGUUGCUUGACACGUAAAUUUCUUGCAAAUAGCAAUAGUACUAUCUACAUACUAUCGAGCAAUAACCUUAGAGAGUUUUUAUAAAAAUAAAUUCAUUUAACCUCAA